AAAUGCGUUGUUGACCUUUUACAAGUUAAGACUGGACUUUGGUUUUACUUUUAUUUUCUGUGAAACAAGGUGAAGCACAGCCUCAGACUCUCACAACAAAGAAGACAUAUGAACUCUUCUAUACAGUUUGGAGUAGCUGUUGCCUCUUUACAGGAAAAAGACUGACUACUGAAUCGGGACUGGAGGACCUCCUUGGACUUUUUCUGUUUUGUCCACCUGUACUUUCUCACUCUUUUGGAGUUAAGUGAACUUUUUAUGGGGGAAAAGCUCCCACGGGUGCCAGGAGGAGCCCGGCUCCACAGUGACACUUUGAAUAGACCGGUGCGGAACCUCAGGGUUAAGAUGGUACUUCUGGGGAGCUCCGGUGUGGGAAAGUCCAGCCUGGCACUACGAUUUGGCCGGGAUGAGUUCAAAAAUACCUCACCUACUGUAGGCUGUGCCUACCUGACCCGGGUGGUGCAUCUGAAUGACGUCACUCUUCGCUUUGAGAUAUGGGACACGGCAGGGCAGGAAAAAUACCACAGUGUCACCCCACUUUACUACAGAGGAGCCCACGCUGCACUCUUGGUCUAUGAUAUCAGCAAAAGGGAAACAUUUAUCAGAACUCAAGUGUGGCUCAAAGAGCUUGAGAAACAGUACAUCCCAGGAUCUACUGUCAUAUGGCUGGUAGGCAACAAGGGAGAUCUGGCACAGGAUCGACAAGUCUCAGUGCAGGAAGGACGGAGUCUGGCCAAUGACAGGGGCUUAUUGUUUACAGAGACAUCGGCCCUGUCCGGGGAUCAGGUCUCCAAGUUGCUGCUAGCUGUAGCCCACAGGGUGUAUGAGUCCAUUGGAGUGCAGCAGGGAGGUCUGUCAGAGUGGCAGGAGACGCCACAUGUGGAUCUGCGUCGUGGAGACACAUUCACCCCUUUUGUAUCCUGCUGCAAAGUUGGACCCUAACAUCUGUCAUUGUCAAUUAUUGUGCUGCUUGGCUGCUUGUCUUUGUUUCUCUGUCUUCGUCAUUUGAAAGCUGCCCUGGGUAACACACGGGCAGCUGGUGUACAUCAAAACAUCUCAAAUAAAAAAAAGACU